UUUGAUGGAAACCUAAAAUUAACCGCGUACUACUUUGUAGUGAGAUGACUUGACAGCCCUUGGCGGGCGCGACCGCGCUAUUGUUUUUUUAUUGCUCCUGUAACCUAGGCACGACUGCAAUAAAACUAGAAUUUUUAGGACAUAAACAUGAACGAAAAAUGGAAAGGAAACAAGAAUGUCAAGAACUCACCAGUUUUGUUUGAAGACGAAGAAAUGGGCACAUCUACAGAUGAAGUAAAAAGCAAAUCAUGUGCAACACCACAUACCAAGCGUUUCAAUGAUCAUAGCACACCAAUCAGGAAUAAGGUUGCUAUUGACUCUCCAGAAUUAAACUAUAAUGAAAGUCCAAUUAUAGAGCCUUUGACACAGCAUCCACCAUCAGAGGUAGGCUGGGAUUACAGACAAUUUUUGAAGGAUGAUGAAGAUAGCAAACUUCAAAUUCCUAUGAAUACUUAUACUCCCAAAAGGAGUACCAAUCAUCUUUUAUCCAAGAAACGCAACUCUAAUUCCCCACUUUUAUACAAACCUGUAAAAAAGAAACUUAUUCAAGAUCAACAAAGAGAGAGUAUCGAGGAUUUUUUAAAUGCAUUGAAACAAAUAGAAAGUACAUCAAAACAAAAGAAAGACAGUGAUGAAUUUAUUAAGAAGACUGAUAGUAAUCCUGAAAGUCAAUUAGUUAUUGAUAUGGAAGUGGUAUCGGAAGACUCUGAUAUGAAGCUGCAGGUUUCAGCUAAUACCAAUGAAUCACCCAAGCAAACUGUGUUUGAAACUGGCCAAGCAAAAAACCAUAAUGCUUUAUUAGAUGAUUCUAUUGAAGAUAUGAUGGUACUUUGUAGUCAGGAAAUUGAAGCAAAAGAGUUUGGUACAAAACAAAAUCACAAUGUUUUAUCACUGUAUACUAUACAAAAAAAUUCUUCUGAAACAUCUCACAAUGGGAGUUUUGAAAAAGUAUUUAAAAAUCCAGCUAAAGAAAAUAUACAGCCUUCGCAUAAUAAUGAAAAAAUUAUCAAUUUAAGUGACAUUUCCAGCAGGAAUUCAUCUAAAAGUAGUAAGUCAGAGUCAUUUCCUGAUGACUCAUUUGACGAUUUUUUCGUUGCUAUCGAUGACAAAAAAUUGUGUCAAAAUAAUGAGAUUAUUCUAGACAGUAAUACUAAAACAGCAAAAAUACAUAACAAGCCACGUACAAUAAAAGUUGAUGAAACAAUUAAUAAAUGUUCUGAGUAUCAAAAGAAGUUUUUUCAAUCUAAAGGUUUGAAUCAUGUCGAAUCAAAAAGUAUUUCAACUAAUAAAAAUUAUACUGAAACUUCAAAAAACGAAAAAGUCUUUAAACAAACCAAAGUGGUGAACGAAAACGCUAGUUAUGGUUAUCUGAAUAAAGACUAUAUGAAGAUCUCUUCUGUUUUAACUGCAGAAAUAACAAAGGACAACUCUGCAAAUGGAACCAGAUUAUUCAAAGCAAAAAGUUUUUCUGAUUCUAAUUUUUUAAAACAAAAUCAUCAACUCCACAAUUUGGAUAGAAGUUACUCCAAUCUUAAUAUAAACUCUAUUUGUUACCAAAAACAACAAACAUUGCAACAAAAUUCAGAAGGCUAUGGUUCAACUACAUCAUCUGAAAGUAAAGGUUGGCGUAGAACCAAUUCCAAUUUAUCCAUUGGUUACAGCCAAACAAACAUCAAUAUAUUGACAAACAGUGAGACAUCGCAGUCAACAUCUAGAUCAGCUGAAGAAAUAGAAAGAAAACGUCUCGAAGCAAUUGAAAGGCGGAACAGAAGAAUGAAUAACAAUGCUGCACAGAGAAGGCCAGCGCAGCAACCGGUGAAGAGAUAAAUUUUUAUUUAUUAAAGGUUUAUUUUCAAGGUUUAGUAUUUUUUGUUCCAAAUUCUAAGUCGUUUGUCUAACUAUAGAGUCAAUUAUAAUAAUAAGAAUGACGACAAUAGAAGAUUUGAACGUUAUAAACCUGCUUGUAGUAGGUCUUGUAUAUAAUAUAUUAUAAUAUUGUUUGUACUUUAAGAAAAUUUAUACUUUUUGAUAUUAAAUCAAUG